CUCGCGAGAUGUCCCCCCCGCGAUAGCUCGGAUGGUUUAUUGUGCCGUCCGCUCGUCCACCUGCAUUGUUUUUGCCGCAAAGCAUCGACCCCCUUCCACCGUACAUACACAGAACGAUGUAGUCUUUUUUUUAAUUCGUUUUAAUCCGUAGCUGUGUGUUGAUUUAUCGUGUGUGUGUGUUUCUGUUAUGUUUAGCAUUUUAUUUCUCUUAAUUGCACCGCCGCGCCCAUCGCAUUCAUUGUAUUGUGGACUAGCUGGGAGCUAAAGCUAACUGUAGCAGGUGUAGGUUCGUCUGUCAGCAUGACGGGGGAGAAGAUACGCGCCGUGAGGAAGGACCACAACAAACCCAACAAACAUGAGGACAUCAUGGACACCAACGACGACACCCCUAAUGGGACCAGUAACCAUGUCAAGUCAAACAAGGGUUUCCAGAGAGCCGGCAAAACGUCACAACACAAUGCAAAUAACAUGAAUGGAAACCCUUCAUCAGUCUGCACCGACAGCAACAAGAACCCCAUCAUCAUCCUCACCACCACUGAGGACCUGGAGUUCCCCGUGCACGAGUGCGUGUUCAAGGGAGACGUGCGUCGGCUGUCCUCCCUCAUCAGGACCCACAGCAUCACCCAGAAAGAUGUGCAUGGGAACACACCUCUUCACCUGGCUGUGAUGAUGGGCCAAAAAGAGUGUGCCCUCCUGCUCCUGGCCCAUAACGCUCCUGUAAAGAUUAAGAAUGCACAGGGAUGGAGCCCUCUAGCAGAGGCCAUCAGCUACGGCGACAGGCAAAUGAUCACAGCAAUACUGCGGAAGUUAAAGCAGCAGUCCAGAGAGAGUGUGGAGGACAAGAGGCCGAAGUUACUGAACGCUCUCAAGGAGCUUGGUGACUUUUAUCUGGAGCUGCAUUGGGACUUUCAGAGCUGGGUGCCUUUGCUGUCCCGGAUGCUUCCAUCUGAUGCUUGUAAAAUCUACAAGCAGGGGAUUAACAUCAGACUUGACACCACUCUCAUAGACUUCACUGACAUGAAGUGUCAGCGCGGAGAUCUGAGCUUCAUUUUCAACGGCGAGGCCGCGCCCUCCCAGACCUUCGUGGUUCUGGACAAUGAGGCAAAAGUGUACCAAAGAAUACACCACGAGGAGUCAGAGAUGGAGACCGAAGAGGAGGUGGAUAUUCUGAUGAGCAGCGACGUCUACUCUGCAACUCUGUCCACCAAGUCCAUCAGCUUCUCACGCAGUCAGAUCGGCUGGCUGUUCAGAGAGGACAAAACAGAGAGGAUCGGAAACUUCGUGGCUGACUUCUACUCGGUGAACGGUCUGGUGCUGGAGUCACGGAAGCGGCGAGAACACCUUAGCGAGGAGGACAUCUUGAGAAACAAAGCCAUCAUGGAGAGCCUGAGCAAAGGAGGCGGCAUCAGUGAACAGAACUUUGAGCCCGUGAGACGACAGUCCCUCACAGCUCCAGCAGCCAACACUAUUUCUUGGGAAGAGUACAUCACCGCAGAGCAAGGAAAGCCUCCUCAUCUGGGUAGAGAGCUUGUGUGUAAAGAAAGCAAGAAGAACUUCAAAGCUAAUGUAGCCAUGAGCCAGGAUUUCCCUCUAGGCAUCGAGUCGUUACUAAACGUGUUGGAGGUCAUAGCCCCGUUCAAGCACUUCAACAAACUCCGGGAGUUCGUUCAGAUGAAACUUCCGCCUGGGUUUCCAGUCAAACUCGACAUCCCCGUCUUCCCCACCAUCACAGCAACUGUCACUUUUCAGGAAUUCCGCUACGACAAAUUUGAAGAUUCUACUUUCUGCAUCCCGGCUGAAUUCAAAGAAGAUCCCAGUCGCUUCCCCGACCUCUGACCUGUAAACACAUCUGACACAAACAGGAAAUGACCAGCGAGUUUGACUGUUUGAGAGGUGGGAAACAAAAAAAAAAAGAGGAAUCCUGUAUUGUUUUACUCCUAUAUAUAUAUAUUAUCCGUUUAAAAAAAAAAAAAAA